CGAAUGUCUCAGAUGGUAAAGAUGUGGACGCUCCUGUUCUUGACUUUGGCUCUGGUCGCCUGUCCGGUCCAGUCACAAGCCGGAACGUACUUGACAACAUACCUAGGCUACGACUACUUCAAAGUUCCCGCCACUGGGCAGAUGAGCAGCGCGAAUGUCAAGGUUACUUGUGAACGAGCUGGUUACGUCACACCGUGUUCCGGGGACAGGAACUGCCACUUUUCGUCAGACGACUGUGUCCAGACCGGGCUUACUCGAUGCAGCAGUUACCCAAUGAACGAAGUAUCCCAAGUUCUGUGCGGUAGGUAUCCCCUUCAGUGUCCCGCGUUUGACGGAGUGUACAUCUUCAUGGCCAACUGGCGGUCUGGCUCUGCCUGUGGUGUGGAGAAUGGCGACAUGUGCAUGACCGGGAAUAACUACAAUAACCGCUUCGCCUUCUGCGCCCGAGAUGUGCACGUGUGCAGCAGCGCCCCCUGUCAAAAUGGGGCCACAUGUCAGGACGGAGCGAACAGCCUUACUUGUCGGUGUGCACCUGGAUAUACUGGACUUCACUGUGAAACAAAUAUUGACGAGUGCAGCAGCGACCCCUGUCAGAAUGGAGCAGUAUGCCAGGACGGAGUGAACAGCUUCACCUGUCAGUGUGUGCCUGGGUAUACCGGAACUCUCUGUGAAACGGAUAUUGACGAGUGUGCGAGCAGUCCGUGUUUAGGAGGCGGAACUUGUGUGGAUCACGUGAACGGCUACAGCUGUGUCUGUCCUAAAGGUCGCUUGGGAGACAAGUGUGAAACGGUUCCAUACGUUGACGGCUGCCUGCUGUUCUCCUCCGACGCCGUGUCCUAUCCUAAAGCGAGCCAGGAGUGCCAGACCAGGGGGGGGCACCUGGUGGAUGUGAAGGAGGCCGAGCUGCAGCGGCUCAUCGCUGAUUCCAUCCCUACCGGAAGUGACGUGUCCCCGUGGAUCGGACUCAAGCUGUCGCCUGGAGUGAUGACAUAUGCUGACGGGACCAGCGUUUCCGGCCAGCUACAAUGGUCUGCCAGUGAACCCACCACCUCCUGUGAGCUGUGUGCUUACCUGGACAGCACGGACAACCAUCGUGCAAAAACCGACUCGUGCACUGAGAGGCACAACUACGUCUGCAAGUCUGAUCCCAAGCCCUGCCAGCGGAACAUCUGCUACAACAACGGCGUCUGCUCGACCUGCUUUAACGACUCCUACAGCGUCUGUUCCUGUCCUGAUGGAUAUCAAGGAGACCUCUGCAACAUAGAUAUUGAUGAGUGCUCCUCGAAUCCUUGUCAAAAUGGCGGAACAUGCAACAACGGCGUCAACUCCUACGUUUGCCACUGCACGAUCGGAUAUGGAGGGACCAACUGCCAAACAGAUCUGGACCUGUGCGCCCAGGUCGCCUGUCCGUUCAACUGGCAGUGUCAGGACCAAGGGAACCACUUCAUCUGUCUGGCUGGAACGAUCAGACUGGCAAAGCCCUACUCGUGCAGCAGCGCCUCCUGUCCGGACGGCAUGUACUGCAGGGAGGAGGGGCCGGCAUCUUUCUCGUGCAGAGCCGGGUGACGUCAUGAUGAGUCUAACCUGCAACAAGACGGACCGGAAACGGAACACGGAAAAAAACCUGCUGACAAAAACACAAAUUGAGCUUAAACAAACCCCUAAUUCUUCUUAUUCAACCUUUUGCUGACUGUAAGCAUAUAUUAGUGGCUUUAGACAAGACAACAUCUAUUUUUGGUUUGCUUUGGUUUGGUUUGCUUUGGUUUUUAUAGAUCUUCAUUAGUUAAUACAUUUUCCACUAUUC